GAACGCUUCGGCUGGCUUUGUGGCUGCGCAGGGCUCCAACCGAUUGCGUACAGGGAACCCGUUCGAAUUCUUUGCGGUGACGGGUUCCAGCCCAUUGUGUAGAAUACAACAGAUAGGACGCAGGCAAUAAUGCCACGGAACGCCGCCGCGGCAGCAUCAGGAGGGAGGCGAGGGACGAAGUCGACCAGUGGCGCAAUGGCAAGGACAUCGUCGCGCCGGGCCCCGCCUGGCGCCAGCGGCAAGAACGACUCGUCUCUGGCAGAUCAGUUCACACUGACUCGCAAUCCCUUGAGAAAGACCACGGCGAUGGCGACGGCGGCAGUAAAGGCCGAGGAUGGAGGUGUAGGCGACAAGCUCAAAGUGAAGGACCGCAACGUGACCACGGCAACCGUGCCAGCCGCAACAUUAGACAAGAUGGAUGCAAGGGCGCAAGAAGAAUUUAAAAAGCAAUUAUCCGCUUCGCAGACGGCGACAAGAAGAAGCAAGAGGCGCAAGCUUGAUGUGCUCGGCGAGAUGUCGGUCGAUACGACCAGCGUGCAGUCGACAUCGAUAGCCACCCAAUAUGCGAGCAGAAGGACGAGGUUGAUGCGCGCUGGUGGUGGUACGGGGGUUGAGAGACAGAAGCGGUCCUCAAUGCAAAUACCAUUGAGUACGACAGCGCAGCAAGUCGAAAUGCCAAGCUCUGCCGUUCCUGCUACCCUUGACGAUGGCGAGCUAGAGUACUUCGAUAUUCCCAGCACGCCGCCUCAGAUUCGAUGGCAGAGACAGGAGGAUCAAAGGCGCAUACAGCAGGCGAAGGCAACUGUGCACGAAAAUGGACAGUCAGGAGACUCGGAUCAGUCUGCGUUCGCACACCUGCCGAGCACGCCGCCGCAUAUAAGAUGGCAGCGCGAGGAGCAGGGUGAUCCGCCGGAGACCAGCCGCGAUGCACCUAGCGGAGAAAGCGUCCAGAUAUUAGCACAAAAACCUACAGAGGAGGCAGAGGAGGAGGAUCAGGGCACUUCGGACAAGGAAAACACAAAGCCGGCCAAUGCGCGCUCGCGUGCGCUUCUCAUACAUUUGCAGACGCGACGAGGCAAGCCGAGUGCCCCAUCUUCAUCAAGUUCGAAUUCGCGAGCGGAUGCAACGAUGCUCGACCAGAGCAAUGCUCUCGGGCUGCUAGCGGUGCAGGAGCCAGUGCAUUCGACGCCAAUAGCUGUGAAUGCGCUUGACCAGCGACGCAAGCCGCCACAGGCGGGGUGGGCCACAGGACGUCCAGCACCAGGUGGUGAGGCGCUGCAGGGAGUGGGUGAAGAGCUGCGUCGAGAAAACGGCAGCAAAAUCCGCCGGCCGCUUGCUCCACUUAAGAUUGCUGAAGCGGUUGACAUCCAGCUGGGCGGUGUGAGCGCAUCAAAGAAGCGGUCUGCAGAGACUCUCGACGAUCUUCUUGGAAUGAACGAGGGUGCGCGCGGACAACGCGACCGUCGCGCUCUGCUUCCAGAUCGCGCCGAUAAAGACUCCUCGACGGCCGCCAUCACGUCAUUUCCCCCUCAGGAUCCCGAGCGACUGCAACGCUGGCUAAAUGCACAUGCGCGAGAGUCAGCGUCGGCGUCGGCUACAGCGUCGCCAGGUGGAGCAGGGGGGCCAAAUCUGACCCCUCCCUCGCCGCCGUCGACGCAGCUGGAUGACCGCCAGAACGAUAGAGCUCGCGCGCAGCGAAAUCAUCUUCGUAGCAGGGCUCCUGGGCCGAACAAGGACGCCGACGACGAGUGCGCAUUCAACACCGGGCAGCGCGAUGAUGAUGAUAACGCAGCAGCGCGAAUGGAUGCGGAGCACAGCGACGAUGAUCCGUUUGGAAUCAUGCAGGAGAUCCGAGCGACGUCGCGUAUACAAAGGCGUAAAGGCCUGUACGUCCCUAGACCCCAUCACUCACCCAGCCAGUCGCUCACGGGGUUUACGGCGUCUCGAUACGAUGCGCGAAAUCCAUUGACACACGAGCGCGCGCCGCCUGUGUCGAGUGCGGCAUUGCCGCGCGCAAACCGCCUUGCCGUACAGGAGGGGAGCAAGGAUGAGCACGGAAUAUCCGCCCUCUCAUCCUGCUCGUCACCCUUGACAUCCGUCGCACAUGAAACCGCGCCGCAGAACCCGGCCGCCAAUUCUGGCGGCGGCUUGAGCCUACCGCCUGCAUCGUCACCGCCACGCGUACAGGACUUGCUCGAGCUCCUGCCAAAGCGGGCAGGAAAGCAUAUAAAUGACCGCAAGGCGUCAGGAGCUUCAAACAAGAGGGGCAGGAAGGGAGCAAGCAAGGUUCAGCACGCACCGGUCAAGUCAGUCAAGCGCCAGAUCAUCAAGCUCUCCAAAUCUCCUAAACACACUGUGAGAGCCUUACGCGAUUCUUCUUCUGAGAGUGGAGCGGGAAUGGGCGACAAGCUCGACAUUCAGCAAAGCACGACGCUCCCCAGAGCACGAGCGGGUCUGCAGCCCAGGAGCGACAGUAUCCAAUUAUCUCCGCGCGCCGUGGCAGAGCGCAAGGCGCGCCUCCAACUUUACCACGAUCUCGAUCACUACGCAUUAGGAGAAGAGCUGGUCUUGUGAGGUAUAUUCAAUUGCUGCUUGACUAGAGGACACGCUCCUUGCGCAGGUCAAAAAUGCCUACAAUGUGUCCGCAACGAGCCAUGCGCAGACCACCAGACUCCUCCGCCAUCCGAACGCCCCACUUCCGAGCCGACGAUACUGCCACG